UGGGGACGUGGCGGAGGCUCAAGCGGGCGGAGACUGUGACGAGGGCGGAGCCGAGAGCGCCGGGGCGACGCCGCGGGAGGUUCUGGAAACGCCGGCUUCUGCGCGUGUUCAGUUUCAGAGACCGGUGGCGAUUGGCUGACUGAUUCAACAAAUAGAGCAUUCUCUGUGCCUGGAGACUUUCAAGGACUGAGGCAGGCAGAAGGGAAGACUCAGAAAGUUCAGGUCCAGAGCAUCAGCAAGGUACUGCCCUUUCCAGUUAUGAAGCUCCAGGUGUUGGUGUUGGUGUUGCUGAUGUCCUGGUUCGGUGUCCUGAGCUGGGUGCAGGCAGAAUUCUUCACCUCCAUUGGGCACAUGACCGAUCUGAUUUACGCAGAGAAGGACCUGGUACAGUCUCUGAAGGAGUACAUCCUUGUGGAGGAAGCCAAGCUCGCCAAGAUUAAGAGCUGGGCCAGCAAGAUGGAAGCCCUGACCAGCAGAUCAGCUGCCGACCCCGAGGGCUACCUGGCUCAUCCUGUGAAUGCCUACAAGCUGGUGAAGCGGUUGAACACAGACUGGCCUGCACUGGGGGACCUUGUCCUUCAGGAUGCUUCGGCAGGUUUUGUCGCUAACCUCUCAGUUCAGCGGCAAUUCUUCCCCACUGAUGAGGACGAGUCUGGAGCUGCCAGAGCCCUGAUGAGACUUCAGGACACGUACAAACUGGAUCCGGACACGAUUUCCAGAGGGGAACUUCCAGGCACAAAGUACCAGGCCAUGCUGAGUGUGGACGACUGCUUUGGGCUGGGCCGCUCAGCUUACAAUGAAGGAGACUAUUACCAUACUGUGCUGUGGAUGGAGCAGGUACUGAAGCAGCUCGAUGCUGGGGAGGAGGCCACUGUUACCAAGUCCCUGGUGCUGGACUACCUGAGCUAUGCUGUCUUCCAACUGGGUGACCUGCACCGUGCUGUGGAACUCACCCGCCGCCUGCUCUCUCUUGACCCAAGCCACGAACGAGCUGGAGGGAAUCUGCGGUACUUUGAACGGUUGUUAGAGGAAGAAAGAGGGAAAUCACUGUCAAAUCAGACAGACGCCGGACUGGCCACCCAGGAAAACUUGUACGAGAGGCCCACGGACUACCUGCCUGAGAGGGAUGUGUACGAGAGCCUGUGUCGAGGGGAGGGCGUGAAACUGACACCCCGGAGGCAGAAGAAGCUUUUCUGUAGGUACCAUCAUGGAAACAGAGUGCCACAGCUCCUCAUCGCCCCCUUCAAAGAGGAAGACGAGUGGGACAGCCCACACAUCGUCAGGUACUAUGAUGUGAUGUCCGACGAAGAAAUCGAGAGGAUCAAGGAGAUUGCUAAGCCCAAACUUGCACGAGCCACUGUGCGUGACCCCAAGACAGGUGUCCUCACUGUUGCCAGCUACAGAGUUUCCAAAAGCUCCUGGCUAGAGGAGGAUGACGACCCUGUUGUGGCCCGGGUCAACCGGCGGAUGCAACAUAUCACCGGGCUAACGGUGAAGACUGCAGAGCUAUUGCAGGUCGCAAACUACGGAAUGGGGGGACAGUACGAACCACACUUUGACUUCUCAAGGCGACCCUUUGACAGCGGCCUCAAAACGGAGGGCAAUAGGUUAGCGACGUUUCUUAACUAUAGCGAUGAGCAAGAUGCUUUCAAGCGUUUAGGGACUGGGAACCGUGUGGCCACGUUUCUAAACUACAUGAGCGAUGUCGAAGCUGGUGGUGCCACCGUCUUUCCUGACUUGGGAGCUGCUAUUUGGCCCAAGAAGGGCACAGCUGUAUUCUGGUACAACCUUCUUCGCAGUGGGGAAGGUGAUUAUCGGACGAGACAUGCAGCCUGCCCUGUGCUUGUGGGCUGCAAGUGGGUCUCCAACAAGUGGUUCCAUGAGCGAGGACAGGAGUUCUUAAGACCUUGUGGAACAACGGAAGUUGAUUGACGUCCUUUUCUCUCCGCUCCUCCCUGGCCCAUAGUCCAAAUCAUCUUCAAGUUCAACAUGACAGCUUCCUUUUUAUGUCCCAGCUCCUGUCAGGCAGGUCAUUGGAGGAGCCAGUGUUUGACUGAAUUGAGAGAGUAUAUCCUGAGCCUAGUCCUGGGUGACCUGGGCCCCAGACUCUGACCAGCUUACACCUGCCCUGGCUCUGGGGGUGUCUUGGCAUGGCUGCGGUAGAGCCAGACUAUAGCACCCGGCACGGUGCCUUUGUACCUCAGAUAUUUCAGGUAGAAGAUGUCUCAGUGAAACCAAAGUUCUGAUGCUGUUUACAUGUGUGUUUUUAUCACAUUUCUAUUUGUUGUGGCUUUAACCAAAAAAUAAAAAUGUUCCUGCCAGAAGCCUUAAAUAGCCUUA